AUGCAACCCAUCCAUCCCUUUAGUAAAGCCGCCUCUGUACCACUCCUAGCAUUCCCCUUCCAAGCCCUCGCGCAAUCCACUUACACAAACACAAACCUAACCCUCCGCUUCUUCCAAACCCCCCAGGACGAUACCUGCUCCUUCACCAACAACAGCAGCGCCCUAACCUUCACCACAUCAAGCACCCCCAUCGUAGGCCACUGCUUCGACUUCGCCACGCUCUUCGGCGGCAACACGACCCAAGGCUUCGCCAACCAAUCGCAAAACAUCAUAAACUCAUUCGACGACACAUCAAACGCCGGAAUACACUGGCAGCUCGAGAACCUGGAUACAUACGACCCACAGGGAAACUACUCUAGUCUCCUAUACCGCCAGCACCUAGCCUUUGCAAUAGACGACGAGGAUAAACCAGGCCAUUACGCAAACCUCCUGGUGAACAUUUUCCCAAGCAAAGGGUGCUCGGAGCUGGAUCCGAAGAAUUCGUCGCGGCUGCUGCCUUGGUAUGGGUUCACUUGUUGGAGUGAGAAUGAGGGCAAGUGUGGGACCACGGAGUAUCCUAUAGGUAGCUUCUACGUGUGGGAUCAGGAUAGGGAAGAGAAGGAGAAGGAUUCGGGGGAUUGUUAUUUGUUUGCACGGAUGGGGGCUUCGGCGAGGGUUUCUGCGUCUCUUUGGGGUGCUGUGGGUGCGGUGGUUGGCACGGUGUUUGCUGUUUGUGUGAGGGUUUAG